AUGGCUUUUUGUCAAUCAGAGUACAACAGCUUUCUUCAUAAACUGAGUGCAUGGCUCCCUCUUCAGAGUACAGAUCUUGUGAAAGCCCAGACCCACAUUUUCGGCGAGUCAGUUAAAAGAAUAGAUUGGGGUGAAAUUGCAAUCAUUGGAGGUAUCACAAUCGCAUCAAUUGGAAUUUCAGUCUUCUUCCCACCGGCGGCGCCUCAUGUUCUUGCAGUAGCUAAUGUAAUGCUUGAAGGAGGGUUGGAAGUGUAUCAACAACUAAAAAAUGGAGAUGACAUCAAUUGGACUGCAGUACUUAUUAAAUCUGGUGCUGGUGCUAUUAUAGGGGCAAUUGCAACAAGUGGACUUGGCACAGUAUACUCAGGACUUGCGAUUGGAGGUACAGGAGCUCUCGAGAAUUUAUUAUACUCAGCGGCUACGGGAGAUAUCAACAAAGAUACAAUAAGUGACUCACUGAUUGGAGGAGGGCUCGAGGGACUUACUUCUGGAGCACAAGAAUGGCUGGGUGGUAAACUGUUCCCAGAAUCGGUGGGUGGUGGAUCGGCUCGAAAAUUUAAAAAUAAAUUUGCUCAAGCGGAAAUCGACGAUUUAUUAUCGAAGAUAUCAGACAGUAUUGAAGAUAAGUUGAUGAACAAAAACGACUGGGAUUCCAAGUAA